UCUGGCACAGGGCACAGAAGGAGAAGCACCCGAUACCCGCUCACACACCUGGUUAAAUGAUUUAACAUCUUCAUCUGGAUGUGGAAAAAUCUUCAGUAAAAUGGAGUCUGAUAUUUCUCUGGGUCUCCUGAUUAAACUGAAUCUGAACUUUUCUAACUGAAGACUCUGAAGACUGACUGCAGAAACAGGGAUGAAGUUUCCCAGUGUGACACUACUGAUUUUCUCUGCAUUAAUGGGGACUACAGCAGAGCAGUUAAAGGUUGUUGGUCCAGAUGCCCCUCUUGUUGUUGAAGCUGGUGAAGACCUGAUUCUGCCCUGUUCUGUCCAGCCCAACAUCACUGCUGUGGAUAUGACAGUUGAAUGGCUCAGACCAGAUCUGAGUGACAGACUAGUGCAUCUUUAUGAAGAUCAUGAGGACAGAAAUGAGAAACAGUCUAAAUCCUACAGAGGAAGAACACGUCUGUUUAAAGAGGAGCUGCAGAAAGGAAACACCUCACUGAAACUCUCAGCAAUCCGACCUUUUGAUAGGGGUGCUUAUAAGUGUUCUGUUCAGGACAAAUCAACAUCCUGGUACGAUGACAUCACUCUUUAUGUAGAAGUUAAUGUGCAUUUAAAAGUGGUUGGUCCAGAAGCUCCUCUUGUUGCUGAAGCUGGUGAUGAUCUGGUUCUGCCCUGUUCUCUCCAACCCAAAGUCAGUGCUGAGGGAAUGACAGUAGAGUGGAUUAGACAGGAAUUGGGACAAUAUAACACAAUAGUGCAUCUGUAUGAAGAUAAUAAAGACAACAAUGAGCAUCAGAUGGAGUCUUACAGAGGGAGGACAGGUCUGUUUAAAGGAGAGCUGCAGAAAGGAAACGCCUCACUGAAACUCUCAGCAGUUCAACCAUCUGAUGAGGGAUUUUACAAAUGUUUCAUUCAGUUGUUUGCCUGGAAUGAUGAUGUAACUAUUUAUGUUGAAGUCAAAGGAAAAGGUUUUCAUGCCUGGAAGAUUGCUAUCAUCUGCAUUUCAGUUUUUGCCAUUGCAUCAAUAGCACUUACAGCUUGGAUCUUAAAAGAUAAAUUCUCUAAAAAGGAUCUCACUCCUGCACAGUGCUCAGCCGUAGCCUACAUGCGUCUCCAUUCAGAGAAGGUGAGGAAAGAACUAAACCUGAAGAAAUACAACACAUCAGAAGAGGGUUACAAGAGACUCAUCCCAGCCAGCACAAACUGCAGAAAGGCUCAAUUUGCUUGCUGUAAUCUCUCUGAACUGUCCAUCAUAACUGUUAAUGCAGCUCUGCAAUCAGAAAACUCCUCCCUGAGAGAACUAGACCUCAGUUAUAAUGACCUGGAGGACUCAGGGCUGGAGAAGCUCUCAGAUGGGCUGAAGAGUUCACACUGUAAACUGGAGAUACUCAGACUUGCUUUAUGUAAAUUUUGUAAUCAAUCCUGUUAUACACUGAGGUCAGUUUUAGAAUCAGAGACGUCCACUCUGAAAGAACUGGACCUCAGUAAAAAUAAUUUGGGGGAUCAAGGCAUGAAUUGGCUCUCUACUGGACUGAAGAGUUCACACUGUACACUGGAGAUACUCAGACUUGCUUUGUGUAAACUUUGUAAUCAAUCCUGUUAUACACUGAGGUCAGUUUUAGAAUCAGAGAAGUCCACUCUGAAAGAACUGGACCUCAGUAAAAAUAAUUUGGGGGAUCCAGGCGUGAAUCAGCUCUCUACUGGACUGAAGAGUUCACACUGUAAACUGGAGGUUCUCAGAUUAGUUGCCUGUAAUCUCACUGAAAGGUCCUGUGAAUUUCUCACACCAGCUUUACAAACACAAAACACUCACCUAAAAGAACUGGACCUCACUCACAAUGACCUGCAGAAUUCAGGUGUGAAGGUACUUUCUGACGGACUCAAGAGUUCACACUGUAAACUGGAGAUACUCAGAUUAGCUCUUUGUAAUUUGGGGGAAGCAUCUUGUGAAAAUCUGACAGCAGCUUUAAAAUUGGAAAACUCUUCUCUGAGAGAACUGGACCUUAGUGUGAAUGACCUAAAGGAUUCAGGCAUACAGAAGCUCUGUGAUGGACUGAAGAGUUCACACUGUAAACUGGAGAUACUCAGACUGUCUGGUUGUUUAGUAACAGAGGAAGGUUGUUCUUCUCUGGCUUCAGCUCUGAAAUCAAACCCCUCCAAACUAAAAGAACUGGAUCUCACCUACAAUCAGCCAGGAGAGUCCGGAGUGAAACUUCUCUCUGAUCCACUCUGCGCACCUUGCACACUCAGGGUGGAGAAUGACGGGGAAAUGUGGAUCAAACCGAGUCUGAGGAAAUAUGUGUGUGAACUCACUCUGGACUCAAACACAGCACACACGUACCUCUCUCUGUCUGAGGAGAACAGGAAGGUGCUGUUUGUGAGAGAACAUCAGCCGUAUCCAGAUCAUCCAGACAGAUUUGAUGUGUGGUGUCAGGUUCUGUGUGUGGAGAGUUUAACUGGACGCUGUUACUGGGAGGCUGAGUGGAGUGGAGAUGAAGCUGAUAUAGCAGUGACUUACAGAGGAAUAAAGAGGAAAGGACACAGUGAGUGUGGGUUUGGACAAAAUAAUCAGUCGUGGUGUCUGUACUGCUCUGAUGAAGGUCACUCUGUCUGGCACAAUAAUAAGAAAACUGUGAUCCCCCCUCAGCUCAUCAGAUCUAAGAGAGUGGGAGUGUAUGUGGACUGGGGGGCCGGCACUCUGUCGUUCUACAGCGUCUCUGAUCCACACACACUCACACACCUACACACAUUCCACUCCACAUUCACUGAACCGCUCUACGCUGGAUUUGGGCCUAAUCUAAACUCCUCAGUGUGUGUGUGUGAGACAGAAUAGAACACUCCUCUUAAGUGUGUGUGUGUGUCUGUCAGAGAGAGAGAGAAUUAAUUGUGUGAAAACACCUAAUAUCUAAGAAUUGAAUGAACAAUGAUAACAUUCAUAAAUAAAUGCAUUGAACACAUUACUGGAACACAGAGGAAAAGAGACAGAAAAAGAGAGCUUUUUAAAAAUGUAUUAUUAUUUUUAUUUUAUCCAAUUUGUUUAAAAUAACAACUCUACAAUUACAAUUCUGCAAUUUUGCAAAGUUUGACACUAAGAUUAACAGUUAUUUGUUUUUCUUAAGCAUGUUCUUCCAAAUAGUUGAUUCUCCAUUUUGAAAUUUCAGUCUGUUGCUUUGGUAAAACAAAUGCACCAGAAAAAAAGAGGCAGACAGAGAGAAAGAAAGAAAGAAAGGAGAGAGAGAGAGAGAGAGAGAGAGAGAGACACAGAUAGACAGAGAGAGAGAGAAAGAAAGAG